AUGGGUGAUCGAUCGUGUAAUACGGUUCCUAUCGUCCUGAAAAACUUCAAUUACGAGCAUGAUAUAGAUUAUGCUCUAAAGAUGUGCCGAUGGGCUCUGAAAUGUCUCGGACUUUGGCCGCUCGUUUCUGAUCGUACCAGGAAACAGGAAAAAGUCAUUUCAACCAUAUUACUUGCAACGUGGUUCUUCGAUUUGCUGUUCUCUCUCAUACCUCCCAGUUGUUACAUCAUUUUCCAAGAGAAAAAUCUGUACAGAAGAGUGAAGCUGCUCGGACCUGUUGGCUUUUGCAUGUCGUCCACGUUUAAAUACAGUUAUCUUGUUCUGAAAGGAACGGUUUUCGGGCGUUGUAUCGACCAUGUAGAGAGAGACUGGCAAGUUGUAGACAACCCCAUCCAUCGCAACAUCAUGUUAAAACAAUCAUCUAUUAGCAGACAUCUAAUCGCUUUAUGCGCAAUUUUCAUUUACACGGGCGGUAUAUCCUAUCAAACGGUGAUGUCGUUCUUGUCCAAAGGACGCGUUGUAGGAAAUCGCACGAUGAAGCCCCUGAUGUAUCCUGGCUACGAUACUUUCCUUGAUACGCAGUCGAGUCCAACUUACGAGAUUAUAUAUUCCAUUCAUUGGAUUUCCGGCCUUAUCAAGUAUAGCGUUACAACAGCUGCGUACAGUUUGGCUGUAAUCUUUGUGACACAUAUCUGCGGACAAAUUCAGAUCCAGACAGAACGAUUGAAGAACUUAGUUCGACGAAAUGAAAAGGAAGGUUCUCGUCAUGACUUUUUGGCCGUCAUUGUUCGAGAUCACGUCAACGCAUUGAGGUUUUCUAGGGACGUCGAGGAAGCUUUGCGUGAAAUAUGCCUGACGGAAAUCGUAGAGUCUACGUUAAUUAUAUGUUUACUAGAAUGCUAUUGCUUGAUGGAAUGGGAAAACAGCGACGUGAUAUCAAUAUUAAUGUAUUUCAUAUUGCUGACCUCCUUUACUUUUAAUAUCUUGAUAUUUUGUUACAUAGGUCAAGUCAUGUCCGAAGAGUGUACUCAAAUCGGUCCAGCUGCUUAUGAAAUCGAAUGGUACACUUUACCGCCAAAGGAAGCUAGCGAUCUUAUUUUUCUAAGUGUUAUGUCGCAGUAUCCACCUAAACUAACGGCAGGGAAAAUAUUCGAAUUAUCUCUGAAUACUUUCGUCAAAGUGAUGCAGACGUCGGUAGUUUAUUUGAAUUUGCUUCGUACAAUUGCCGAUUGGUAAAGAAUCUUUCUUUCGUCAGAAAUGAUAAAUUGCGUUAAAUCUCUUUGAUAUUUUAUUCUCAUCCUAAUUUUGUUAAUUACCACUGAUUUUGCACAUUUACCAAUCACGAGACUUGAUAUUUCAAGAAUGCACCGAACUAUUCCAAACGCUUGCAUUUUAGUAAAUUCACUUUACACAACUACAUAAAAUACAGCAUGAUUCGUUUCGAAUCCAAUCACCUAAAAGCCGUGACAGGAUGUUUGACUGACGCUUGGUCUGUGUAUGCGUGUAUUUAUAGAAGAACAAAAUGGACAAUAAUAUUAUACACGAAACAAUUUCUUGUGAUUUACUGAUACAAAUAACAUCAAUAUUAAUCUACCGAUGCAAAUUCUGCGAUACGCGCGUGUACUUACUUCAUAAAUAUUUCCGAAUAAUAAUAAUUAAAUUGAUUACCUUCUGAACAAGAAUACGUACAAACCGUAUGCUUCCCUAAAACUAAAAACACUUGAUCGUCGUUCUCGUCUGCA